UCAGGGCACAUUUUGCUGCGAACCAGUGUCCCAAGUAGAGAUCUAGCUGUGGAGUGGAGUGGAUCGGUGCGCAGCUCGGCGUGAGAUGUGGUCUGCUGUCUCUGGGGAUGGUUAAUUGUACACUCGCUAAAUAGUGGCAGUGCUUGAAGAGGUGGACGUGUUUGGACGUGAACUGAUACCUCAUUCAUUGCGUUGGUUGCUCCGGCUGGAUCCUCCUGGACGGCUUUCGUUUGGACAUUUGCUCGCUUCGCCUCGCCUCGCCCGCCUUCAUUUGCUCAUAACUCGGAGAGAGCUGCAGACAUGGCGCAAAGUGCAGCCCGGGCAGGGUAGCGGGCGCUGCUGACCAACGAGCGCGAGGCCGUAGCGCGCGGGUUCCGGGGAUUUAAACCGGCCUGCGUUCGAAACCGCCGCCAUGAGCAACAUCUACAUCCAGGAGCCGCCCAGCAGCGGGAAGGUUCUUUUGAAGACCACAGCAGGAGACAUUGACAUUGAAUUAUGGUCAAAAGAGGCACCAAAAGCAUGUAGAAACUUUAUUCAACUCUGCAUGGAAGGUUAUUACGAUAACACAAUAUUUCAUAGGGUUGUGCCCGGUUUUAUUGUUCAAGGAGGGGAUCCUACCAAAAAUGGAACUGGUGGUGAGUCGGUAUUUGGGAAGCCAUUUAAGGAUGAAUUUCAUUCUCGAUUACGUUUUAAUAGAAGAGGACUGGUUGCUAUGGCAAAUGCUGGACCUCAUGAUAAUGGCAGUCAAUUUUUCUUUACAUUGGGUCCUGCAGAGGAACUUAAUAACAAGCAUACUAUCUUUGGAAAGGUGACUGGUGACACUAUUUAUAAUAUAUUAAGAUUAGCAGAAGUAGAAAUUGAUAAAGAUGAACGACCACUCAUUCCUCACAAGAUUAAAUCAACAGAGGUGCUGCACAACUGCUUUGAUGAUAUUGUUCCAAGAAUAUUGAAAAAACACAAGAAGGAGAAGCGUGAUGAAGAAUUGAAAAAACCUCAUUCGAAAGGCACAAAAAAUUUCAGCUUGCUUUCCUUUGGCGAAGAAGCAGAGGAGGAAGAGGAGGAAGUAAACAGAGUUAGUCAGAGUAUGAAAGGAAAAAGCAAAAGCAGUCAUGAUUUAUUGAAGGAUGAUCCACGGCUAAGCUCUGUACCAGUUGUUGAAAGUGAACUGGCAAUAAUGAAGACACAAGUUGCAUCCGACAAGGAAGAAGAUGAUGAUUCUGACAAUGAAGAAUGUGAACAAAUAAAAGGACAGAUAACUAAGAAAUUGAAGAAAGAUCAAAAUGAGGAUGUUAAACCACAGCUUGAAGAUAAUAUUGAUGAUGAAGAAAAAAAGAAACUCAGCCGCAGUGAAGAGCUACGCAAGGAAGCACGUCAGUUAAAACGGGAACUUUUGGCAGCAAAAUUGAAAAAGACAGACGUUCUUAAAGAAGAAACUGAAUCAAAAGUUGCAGAGACUGAACCAGCUCCAAAUAGUGCACUGACAGACUAUCUAAAUGAAAGGAAGAAAUAUGAAGAAAUACGCAGACAAAAGCCAAAGAAAGGACCAACCCGUGAAGAGCAGACAUUGGCAUUGCUUGAUCGAUUCAAAUCGAAGCUUACUAAAGCAAUCUCAGAAACUCCAGAGGAAGAUGUAGUUCAACCAGAAGGGGAAGAUGAUGAAGGCUGGAUGUCCCAUGUCCUUCAGUUUGAAGAACAAACAAGAAAAGUAAAAGAUGCAAACAUGCAAGAUGAAGACACAUUUGAAAUACAUGAUCCUCGGAAUCCAGUGAAUAAAAGAAGAAGGGAGGAAAGUAAGAAGAUCAUGAAAGAGAAAAAAGAGAGAAGAUGAGCCUUAGCAAUCUAAAAUUAGAAACUGCAUACUUAUGAUAAAUUCUUACAACGUCAUUCAAUGUCUGCUAAUAUUUAAGCAGCUUGAUGCAGUCCACAAUGGUACAAAUUUGCAUGAUGAAUCUGAUUGAAAUAAAACAUUUUCUAUCGUUUUUUUCUUCAAAAAGCUAAAAAUAAAUACAUUUUAUUAGCAGUU